CGCUCCAGUCGACAGAGGGGGUGCGCUCUGCGGGUCAGAAAGAACACACCGAACCAGGACUAAAUCCACCCAUAAGGCCUCGAAAUUCAUAAAUUUUCCACAAAGUCCGCGCUCCCAUCCAGCUUACAUCAUGGCUGCAGCCCUCGUCUCGACGUACUUUGACUUCGACGAACCGAUGAACAAAAAUAUGAAAAUGCUCAGCUUCAACAGUACCUUCAGCAGCCCCCCCUCUGGUGCAGGUGUUCCUCCCCCUAGCCCCCCUCCCGGCGGCCCCCUGCUGGACAGACGGGCCGUUGGCUCCCCUCCCUCCUCUUCCUCCUCCUCCUCCUCCUCCUCCUCAUCUUCCUCGACUGGGGGACUCCACCAGCGGCGGCACUCUGCCAACUCCCUGAGCCUGCCGCCCCCUCCGGGCGCUCGGGACCUGCGGAUGCGCGAUCGCUGCUACUCUGAGACCGGAGACCGUCUGCGGGCGCUGGGCGCCAUGAACGGCACUGGUGGCGGUGGCGGUGGCGGCGGCAACAGCCCGCUGGGCCCCCUGCCGGCCUCCCCGGGCCUGGGCGGCCAGCAGGUCAACUCCAGCCGCUACAAGACGGAGCUGUGCCGGCCGUUCGAGGAGCACGGCACGUGCAAGUACGGCGAGAAGUGCCAGUUUGCCCACGGCCACCAGGAGCUGCGCAGCCUGAGCCGCCACCCCAAGUACAAGACGGAGCUGUGCCGCACCUUCCACAGCAUCGGCUUCUGCCCCUACGGCCCCCGCUGCCACUUCAUCCACAACGCAGAGGAGCGCUGUGGGCCCAUGCCCCCCCACCACCAUCACCACCACCACCACCAUCACCACCACGGAGGUCCAGGGGGGCGCAGCACCCAGAUGCCCCCUCUCUCCACCCCCGCGCGCCCUCGCCUGCAGCACAGCCUGAGCUUUGCUGGUUUCCCCAGUGCCCCGUCCCUCACCCCUCCACCCAUCCUGGCGGCCGACUGGCCCUCCCCCAGCGACCCCUUCUCCCUGCCCAGUCAGGAGCUGGCCCAGCUGUUUGGUAACGGCCUGCCCGAGCCUUCCCCCGCCCUCCUCCGGCCCGCGCCCGCCGUGGUGCCCUGCCCCCCCGACUCGCUGUCGGACCAGGAGGGCUACCAGAGCAGCCUGGGCAGCCACAGCGGCUCCGAGUCGCCCGUCAUGGACGCCGCGCGCCGCCUGCCCAUCUUCAGCUGGCUCUCCAUCUCCGACGACUAGGAGGAACUUGACGGCAAGCAGAGCGAAAAGCCGCAAGGAAGCAAACGAGUGAAAGAGAGACAGACCGAGAGAAGAGCGAAAAAGGAAGAGCGAGUGAGUGAAUGAGCAAGAGAAAGAAAGAAAGAAAGAGACAGCACUUUCCUCCCUGUUUGUGCCCACCCCACCCCACCACACCCCCAACCACUCCUGUCCUUGUUUACAGAUGGCAGAAAAGGACAGUGGUGCAGUCGUGAUGUUUUUGUUGUCUUUUGUAGCCGUCGAGUCCAAUCAGGCAACCCCAGCACCUAGACUAGAGCAUCCACCCCCCCCACACCCACACCCCCACCCUCAAUCGCCCCGGACACCACACUCUACUCUUGCUGAAGACGCCCGUUUCAUUUUUUUUUAAAGACUGAAUUGGCCACAAGAUACCCCACCACCUUUUGCCAUGGCCAACCUGAGGUGGCAAUUGGACGUGACUGGUGAGAGAGACUGUGCCUAAUGGCUAUGCCCACCUGGUGCCAAACGCAAAAAGCAAAUACUUGGAGGAGUAUUGGAGAGUGUUUAUGUGUGUCUCUGGCAUCUGUAGUGGAGCAGCUGUUUUCUCAGAAGUGUACUAACAGUGAGCCUGUUGUCUAGAAGAAGCACAAAGUUGUUUCAUACCUCUACAUUGUUUCCACAGUUUCUCCUUUUCCAUCUUGUGAAAAAUGGCUUAAUUUUAGACAGUGGGCUCAAGGUGUUGUGCGUGCGUGCGCAUGUGUGCGCGCGCGUGUGUGUGUUUGUGUGUGUGUGGUUUUUUUUUUCAUUAGUGCCACUGCCUCUCAUGGCUCCUUUGAUCUGAUGAUUGAUAAAUGAUCAAGAGGAAUCUUGUGGGGGGGGAAAGUGCCUUGAAAUACACAUCCCGCCUAAGUGUGUGUGUGCGUGUGUGGAUUGCAUGGAUCCCCCAUACACAUCGUGGCCAUACACCAUACUCUCUCUCUUGGCCAUUUUGGAAAUGUCUGCAGACACACACUCAUCCUCCAUCCUCCUAUGUCAUCCUUCAGCUUCAGCCACCUGAAGGAUUCAGAAAAGAAUUGAGUCUUCGGUGCUAUUUGCCGCGCCUCCUUCCGGCAAUCAUCCCUUAAGUAUGUGAUGCCUUACACAAAAAAAAGCUAUACACUAUUCCUUUGGGGUUUUUUAAUUAUUUUUUUGAAAAGAAAGCUCCCUAAUUUAACUUUGGUGGGAAGGAAAGUUGGAUGUGAACCAAGUUGAACUUGCAGGUCAUCUGACAAGCCCAAUCAGGCCUGAACUCUGUAGCCCUUUUUUUUUUUUUUCCCCUUCUUUACAUUUUUUUGGGGGAAUCGUGACUUCUCACCACUGUGCAGCAGCGGAGACAUGAAGUAAACAAAAAAAAAACAAAAGUGACCCUAAGACAUUACUCCCUCCUCCACUGUCUGAAUGGCCUAGAAAAACACAAGUUAAGAUGCUAUGACAAAAAGUUCCUCUGACAUUCCUUUUGUCACCACAUAAUAUUAUUCUAAUACUAUCAGUACUAUACUAUUAUUAUUAUUAUUAUUAUUAUUAUUGUUGUUGUUGUUAUUAUUAUUAUUUGUUCGAAAGAACCUUUGAACGCAAGGUUUGGCUUGUCACUGCUUAUUUAACUUAUCAAAAUGUAUUUAUUGCUGAUUGUAAGCAUUUUUAUUUUGUUUGUAUUUAUCUGGAUCAUGACAAUGGAAUAUAUUUUCUUUUAUGUUAAAUUAUGAUCUUCCGUAUCAAUGGCGAGACCUGCUUUGGUUUUAUUUUUUCACAGUUAAUAUAUUAUACUGCAAUGACAUUUUUUUGUAACUACACUUUGAUUUUAUUUUAAAGUGAAUCUUAAUUUAAAGAAAAAACAAAAUGCAAUAUUUAUUCUUUUCAUCCCUUGAAGCGGACUGCAGUUUGAGGUUCUUUGCUGUCAUCGUUAUCAUGCUUUGACAAUUCGUCCUCUUCCUGAAUGAAUGCAAUUGCCUAGAGUGGGGCCCACCAAUCAAAUCCAUGAUUGUAAAAAACACCCCCCUUUUCAUGAGUAACAAUCAACUCCGCCCAUACUAGUUGAAUUUAUGAAUGUAUCUGUGAUAUAACCCCUUCUCCUGUCCCUCUCGUCAUAGUCUUUUUUUGCCAGGGACUUUGACCAGAACACUGAAUGUAGCGUGCUCUUGUAUUUAGCUAACCUUGAAGCUUCUGUAAGCUGCAUUCGUCCUCUACUUGACAUAAGCAUGAAGUUGUUAAUCAGCGGGAGGACAAACCUCUUCCUGAAAACCCUCAAACGGGUCUUGAAACAUGGGACUUAGUUUUGACUAUUUUAAGUUUAAAGGUUUUUUUUUUAAACACGGUAGAACAAGUUAAUGACAUUCUUUUGUAAUUAUGAUGUAGCAAAUCUGGGUCACCUUCCGUAGCUAUUCAAGUGCCUACCAACACACAUUCCAAGGGCCACUUAUCAUUGUGCCUUUUUAUAAAAGUUUGUAAUUCAGAGCUGGUUAAUAAUUUCUAGUCUGGUUUACAACAUUGGCAUUACAAGUGUUUAAAAAAAAUGUAUUCAUUCUACAGCAAGUUGCUGCUGUUCACCACAUUAAUUCCUCUUGCAUAUUUUUGUAGUGGCAGGUUUGAUGACCAAUAAAAAUACAUAUUUCUAAAAAAGAUACCAUAAAUGGUCCUCGUUUUGUCUGUAUGCGAGAGCUUAAUGCACUGAUGAAGUCAUGACAUUAUCAAUCCAUACCACAUGGUACGUUUACGAUGCUGACUUGUUAAACUAAAAAAAAAAGAAUGACUUGUGUGUUUUUAAGAACCUAGUGAGGCAAAUCUGCCUGCUGUGUACCUUUGAGGCACGAUUCUGGGUGGAUGCACUGCACUGCACUUGUAGUUUCACUGGAGGAUUGGCGAAGGAAGGCCUUCUCAGGGUGCAUUUCUCAAAAGAGAAGUUGUUGGCCUGUUAGCAACUUCUGUAGUUUUCAAUGGGAAAAUGCAUUGAAAACAACAAAGUAGCUAAUGUAGUAAGCAACUUUGGUUUCGAGAAAUCCACCCCAGAGUAGUGGCAGGCAGGGGCAGCUGUGCAGCUGACAUCAUGGGCAAACAAGUGGGCCAGUUGUUCCACCGCAUAUUUUCAAGCCGCUCUGUGGCAGCCGCUUGGCCUUCUCAGACGAGUCUGCUGCCUGUGGGCUCG